AAAUUAUUUUCAUUUACGAUGAUGAAAGAAAGUAUAAUGUUUUAAUGUGCCCCAUAAAAUCAAGACCCAAGUGCAGUAAACCACGAAAAUCUUUCAUAUUUCACUAACUCAGCUGCAGAUUAUUCUCAUCAUCUUGACUUAAAAAAAUUAAUUAAAAUGGAACAUGACAGCACUUCGCCGUCAUUUAUUGAGUCCAGUCCAACUUCUGAUAAUGUUGACGAUCGAGAAUCGGAAGUUAAAAACCGGAAGCAAAGGUCGGAAAUGUUUAACCACUUUUGUUUAACGCCGAGUGGAUCACAAUAUUCAUGUAAAUAUUGCUCAGAUUUGUAUCAAAACAGCGGAGGGGUCACCUCCAAUUUGAAGAGGCACAUGGAAUCGAAUCACCCGUUAGAGCUACAAGAAUCAAGGAGCCGAGAUUCAACGAAACGACCACGUAAUUCUUCUGCUCCUAACCAACCUGUAACCCAAGAACGUCUUAUCAUUGCCCUGACAGAAUUUGUCUUGGAAACGGACCAAGCGUUUAGUAUUGUGGAGGAGCCAUCCUUUCGACGGCUUUUGGGAUUGUUGAACCCGGAUAUUAAAAUUCCUGGUCGCACAACAAUACGUUCCGAAAUUUCCAAGAGGCAUCAAACCGAGAAAGAGCGGAUCACGGCCAAGCUACAGGAAAUUCCGGGGAAACUUUCAUUUAUCCUGGAUUGUUGGACUUCUUCUAAUCAAUGUGCAUUCCAAGGUGUAAUUGUAUACAUAUGUACUACAUAUGUAUACAUACGUAUGCAUGCAAUAAGUGUGUGGGCACAGUAAGCUUCGAGUAAAUAUUAUUAUACUGCGUUAGUGGCAGUUAUCUGUAAAGUAAGUAUUAAAUAGUCAGUUAGAGUCGUAAAAUCGAUAAAUUUUGAAAAUAUUAUUAUAUUUGAAAUUUGAUGACUUUACAGUACAAUUUGUGAAUUUUUUUUUCGAGAUAGCUUUCUCUGUACAUAUUUAUAUAAAUAUUGUGUCUUGAUCUGAAAAGCAGAUUUUGUUCUGAUGAUUUGCGACAUUUUAAUAAACUUCAGUAAACUGUGCAAACAA